AUGGACGCUAGGGACUGUGAAGCAGCCUCAGAGGCCAGGCCCCCUAACUGCGCGGCCUCCUGGUGGGAAAUGGUCUUGAGGAACCUUCGAUUUUUUCCACGCUCCUGCUCGGCUCUUGGAAGAAAAAUAGCUGCCGAAUACCGAAGCUUCACGAGUAAAUCUUUCAAGGAACACAUUUUCCCUCCUCUGAUGAAUAUGCUGAUCUAUUUUAAUUUUUAUAAAACUCCCCUUGUGGAUUUAAAGAAACCUGAGUCACAGAUCAACCACACUGUGAACUUGUACCUCCGGCCUGAGCCUGGUGUGUUGCUCGGCGUCUGGCACACAGUUCCCAGCUGCCGGGGAGACGAGGCCAAGGGGAAGAGUCGCUGCUGGUACGAAGCUGCUCUUCACGAUGGGAACCCGAUUAUUGUUUAUCUUCAUGGCAGUGCACAGCACAGGGCAGCUCGUCACAGAAUUAAGCUGGCAAAGGUGCUGAGCGAGGGCGGCUUCCACGUCUUGUCCGUGGACUACAGAGGGUUUGGGGACUCCACGGGGACGCCCACAGAGGAGGGACUAACCACAGACGCUGUUUGUGUCUAUGAAUGGACCAAGGCAAGAAGUGGUAGAACUCCUGUGUGCCUCUGGGGCCAUUCUCUGGGUACAGGAGUCGCAACAAAUGCUGCCAGGGUGUUAGAGGCGAAAGGAUGCCCAGUUGAUGCCAUUGUCUUACAAGCUCCAUUCACCAACAUGUGGGUGGCGAGUAUCAACUAUCCUCUGCUAAAGAUUUACCGGAAGCUUCCAAGAUGUUUGAGAACACUUAUGGAUGCCCUUAAAGAAGACAAAAUAGUCUUCCCUAGUGACGAAAAUGUGAAGUUCCUGUCCUCCCCACUUCUCAUCUUGCAUGGAGAAGACGACAGGACAGUGCCCCUGGAGUGUGGCAAGCAGCUCUAUGAAAUAGCACAUAGUGCCUACAGGAACAAAGAAAGGGUCAAAAUGGUGGUCUUUCCUCCCGGCUUCCAUCACAACCAUCUCUGUAAAAGCCCCAUGCUGCUAAGAAGCGUGAGAGACUUCCUGAGCCAGCAGUGGGCGUGAGAGCUGAGAGCAGCAGCAAUCUCCAGUGAAGACAUGGUACAAAGGGCACAAGAGCUGUGUAGUUUCUUUACGUGAAACUGCAUGGGGCUGCUUGGAGGAGCUGAGGUCCCUGUCGCUUCCAAAGGUCACCUGACACUUGAAUAAAGAAAGCUGUAUGGAA